AUGGCGCCCAAACGUGCUGCAGAGCAUGAUAAUGAGGGCGACGCUUGGAAGAUGCCGCGGACCAGCGGCUGCGGCGGCCAACUAAAGGGAGAAGGGUCCGGCAAAGGCAAGCCGAAAGGAACCUCCAAGAGCGCAGGAGCAACGGAGCAACCCAAGGGAUCCGGCAAGCAAGGCAAAGGCACUGCAGCAAAGGGAUCCACCAAGAGCGCAGCAGCAACGGAGCACCCCCCAAAGGGAGCCGGCAAGCAGAGCGCAGGAGCAACGGAGCACCCCGUUAAGGGAGCCGGCAAGCAGAGCAAAGGCACAGGAGCAACGGAGCACCCCCCAAAGGGAGCCGGCAAGCAGAGCAAAGGCACAGGAGCAACGGAGCACCCCCCAAAGGGAGCCGGCAAGCAGAGCAAAGGCACAGGAGCAACGGAGCACCCCGUUAAGGGAGCCGGCAAGCAGAGCAAAGGCACAGGAGCAACGGAGCACCCGACAAAAGGAGCCGGCAAGCAGAGCAAAGGCACAGGAGCAGCGGAGCACCCCCCAAAGGGAGCCGGCAAGCAAAGCAAAGGCAAGGAUGGAUCCGGCAAGCAAAGCAAAGGCAAAGGCGAGCUGAAGGGAUCCACCAAGAGCGCAGGACCAGAAGAGCACCCACCCCCAAAGGGAUCCGGCAAGCAAAGCCAGGCUGGUGAGAAGGUGGAACUCCGGAACCUCAACCCAGAGUCGAUGAAACGAUUUUUCGACACCGAUACAUAUGCAUCGGCAAAGCCUAGCUCAGCAGCACCCAAGGGAUCCGGUAAGAAGGGAUCCACCAAGAGCGGAGGACCAGAGGAGCACCCGCCAAAGGGAGGCGGCAAGCAAAGCAAAGGCAAAGGCGAUCUCAGAAGCCAGGGAUCCGGCAGCGCAGGACCAGAGGAGCACCCCACCCCAAAGGGAUCCGGCAAGCAGAGCAAAGGCAAAGAUGCAGCGAAGGGAUCCACCAAGAGCGCAGGGCCAGAGGAGCACCCCAACCCCUCAAAGGGAUCCGGCAAGCAAAGCAAAGGCAAUGGCGAGCUGAAGGGAUCCACCAAGAGCGCAGGACCAGCAGACCCAAAGGGAUCCGGCAAGCAGAGCAAAGGCAAAGAUGCAGCGAAGGGAUCCACCAAGAGCGCAGGAGCACAUGAGCACCCAAAGGGAUCUGGCACAGCUGGCAACAAGGGCCACAAGGGCACGGCUUUUUCUGGGGCCGGGAAGGGUGAGACAAGAGCCUUGUUGAAGGCCGUCCACGAGGAAGCCGCGGAGCUGUGCAACACGGAGCAUGACCACGACGAGGAUCAGCACUGGCAGCUGAGCAUACACGACAUGACCAAUAGGGCAGAGAUUGCAGACUCAGACUUCCAGAACCCCUGCGUUGUGCUACCCACUUGUGUUCUCGGCGAGUUGUCCAACAUGCAGGCCAAACAACCAAGGCUGUGUCAGCAACGCCUAAGAAGCAUAGCCAACAACAAAAGCAUGUUCGAUAUGUUCAAGAACUGGCAGGCCCAGCACCACCCGACCCACACAACGGCAUGGGGGAAAGCACCAGCAGCGCAGCUCAUGCAUCACAACAAGUUUCUGCUGGAUGUUCUCCAAGGUGCUUUGGAGCCUUCUACCGAAGUCGAGGAGGCCCAUGAGGGAGAGGAUGGCGAGGAGGCGGACCUAGAGGAAGAUGAGGAGGAACAACCUGAUCCUGAUGAUGCUGGCGAUGAAGACGAGGAUCAAAGCUGGGAUGAAGAAGGUGAUCAGGAGGGCCAGGAGUCCGGUGACGCCGAUCAGGGUGAGGAGUGGGCUGAUGAUGAUGAUGAAGGGAUACCGACUUCGGGGUAUCCGGAUGAUGAGGGUAUGGAUGUGGGUGCUGCCGACCCGCCUGCUCCGGCUUCCUACCCCAAGAAAUCCAUCCUGCGGGCGCCCUCCAGCAUCAGCGUCCAGUCGGAGAAGUCCUCAAUCAGCCCGGUGGGCGUGCGGGACGAUGACGGCAAGGUCAGAGUCUUGGACGAAGCGACCCGGCAAUCGAUCCAGGCCAUGACACACCCCAGCCAGAUGGACGCCGGGGAACGUCGCCGGCAGCGCGAGGCCAUGAAGCGGUUCGAAUUUUUAAAGGCAUUUAUGCUUGACCCGAAUAUGGGCGAUAUGCACAUCGAAGCGAUCUACAGCGAGUGUGCAAACGUGAACAAGGUGGGCACAAAGACCACAGCCAGGAAGCGGAUCGGAAAAGCCGACGAAACCACGAAAAAGAAGCUCGGGGAGAUCAUGACUUCCCAAGCUGCCGACUUUGUGAAGGGUCUGGACGUUCUGACGGAUGAAGAAGUGAGGAAACGUGAUUUUGAUAAGACGAUGAGCCAGAUCAACGAAUGCGUCUUCGCAGGGUACGAGGAUGAGUAUGUUUACCAGAAGGUGGAGGAGAAACGAGCCGAGAUCGAGGCCGCCAACAAGGCCGUCCUCUCAGCAGAGGAUAUCGUUGCCGGCCACUAUCGCUUGAACUCAGAGAGAAAGAAAGCAGAAAAGGCAGCUGUCAAAGAUGGCGGUGCUACGGAUGCUGAGUACGAAAGCAGCUGGGACACCGAAGCGUGGGAUUCCUCAGCUGCCGCAGCGCCGGCCAAACGAGCCCGCCGCGCCUAA